UCUCUUUGGUCUCUCCGACGUUGCCGUCUUGUCUUGUCUCCACUUUAGUCUCCUCACCAGCAUUGUCUAAUCAGAGCAAAACGAAAGAUCGAAGUCGAAGAAAAAUCGAAACAUGGAGCAGAGUUUCAUCAUGAUCAAACCUGAUGGCGUCCAACGAGGCUUGGUUGGUGAGAUUACUAGCAGAUUCGAGAAAAAGGGUUUCUUGCUGAAAGGCUUGAAGCUUCUGAGUGUUGAACGGCCGUUUGCUGAGAAGCACUAUGAGGACCUUUCAUCAAAGCCUUUCUUUGAAGGUCUAGUUGAGUAUAUUAUUUCUGGUCCUGUUGUUGCUAUGGUAUGGGAAGGUAAGAAUGUUGUUGCAACCGGUCGAAAGAUCAUUGGUGCUACUAAACCAUCAGAAUCAGCCCCUGGCACCAUUCGUGGCGAUUUUGCUGUUGAAGUUGGAAGGAAUGUCAUUCAUGGAAGUGAUUCGGUGGAGAAUGCUAAGAAAGAGAUAGCUUUGUGGUUCCCUGAUGGCACUGUCAACUGGCAGAGCAGCCUUCAUCGCUGGAUCUACGAGUGAAAUUUUCUCUUCAGCAGGCUGCUUGCCAUACCAGCGUCGCGUCGUUAGGGUGUUUCUCUGUAGGAACCUUGUUUCAAUUACUAUACGUACAAUCUUAAGAGUACUAAGAAUAAUAAUGGUGAAGGGAAUAUCAUAAUGGAUCAAUUCAAAAGUGUACCAACCGGAUUAGAGGUGGAAAGAUGAUCUGAAGGCCGCAACAAAUCCAUUUGGAUGGAAAAGAACAACCUCUUUCUGUCGUUCACUUUGUUUAAUGUGAUAAAAAAUCCAUCGUCGUUUGAAAAGAAUAAUUCCAUAAUAGAACAAUCCAGGAUUGCAGUAGUACAAGAAAUGGAAUGCGGUAAAAGACUCAUUUGCUUUGAGCUAAUUGAAGUCGAAGUUUGUUUAAUUCAGUAUAAUAGAAAAUAUUGGAAGUAGCGCAA